AUGCUACGCUCAGGAAGCAGAUUGAGCAAGCUGGGAAUCUUCAGAGCUCCCUUGGCCUUGUCGAGACAUGCACCGCUGCAAGGGAACAGCCUGAGAGUCAAGGAGAGAUGGGCGUCUACCGUCACGGCACUUGAGAGCUAUCCGUCGGCUGGCGAGAAGCUCCAUGGCUUCAUCGUUCAGGAGAAAAAACAUAUUCCGGAGCUCCAUUUGAGUGCUAUUCACCUAAAGCACGAGAAGACGGACGCAGACUACCUUCAUGUUGCGAGAGAUGAUAAGAAUAAUGUCUUUGGAAUCUCCUUUAAGACGAAUCCUCCAGAUGCCACCGGUGUGCCACAUAUCCUCGAACACACCACGCUUUGCGGCAGUGAAAAAUAUCCUGUUCGAGAUCCUUUUUUCAAGAUGUUACCCCGUUCGCUCUCGAAUUUUAUGAAUGCCUUCACCUCCUCUGACCAUACCACCUAUCCCUUCGCCACAACCAAUAAGAAAGACUUUCAGAAUUUGCUAUCUGUCUACCUAGAUGCAACAUUGCACCCGCUCCUCAAAGAAGAGGAUUUUCGCCAGGAGGGCUGGCGGCUAGGCCCAGAAAACGCUCGUCCUGAACAAACUCCGGAAGGUGCUUCGGAUGAACAAGCAAAGGAUGAUAUUGUCUUCAAAGGCGUGGUCUAUAACGAGAUGAAAGGGCAGAUGUCGGAUGCAAACUAUCUCUACUACAUCAGAUUUAGAGAACAAAUUAUUCCAACCCUAAACAAUUCUGGUGGAGACCCCAAGUUCAUCCCGGACCUUACGCAUAAACAGCUAGUCGAUUACUCAAAAUCAAACUACCAUCCGAGCAAUGCAAGGAUUUUUACCUAUGGGGAUAUGCCUCUAGCUGGCCAUUUGGCUCAGGUCGGCGAAGUUCUUGACGGGUUCGAGAAGAAGUCAAGGCCGCUUGAUGUCAAGCUCCCUGUCGACCUUAGUUCUGGACCAACUAAUAUAACGGUGACAGGACCAAUUGAUACCUUUGCCAGCGAGGAUAAACAAACAAAGACCUCGGUCUCCUGGCUUGCGGGGGAUUCUAGCGAUAAUGUCGAGCUUUUCUCGAUGGGGAUAUUGUCAUCUCUGCUUCUUGAUGGCUACGGCUCUCCGCUGUACCGCGCCUUGAUUGAGAGUGGGAUCGGCUCGUCUUUUACCCCCAAUACCGGCUUAGACACAUCUGGCAAGGUGCCAAUAUUUUCGGUCGGAGUGAACGGAAUCUCGGAAGCAAACGUCACUGAUGUCCAGAAGAGCAUACAAAAAGUGUAUGAAGAACAGUUAGCCAAAGGUUUUAACGACGAAAAGGUCCAAGGAAUGCUACACCAGUUGGAGCUUGCACUCAGGCAUAAGACCGCUAAUUUUGGAAUGGGAAUAAUGGAAAAGGUCAUCGCCUCCUGGUUCAAUGGAUCGGACCCCAUGAAGGACCUGGCCUGGAACGAGAUGAUCAAUGGGUUCAAGAAGCGCUACGAAAAGGGAGGGUAUCUGGAAGGGCUGAUGCAGAAAUAUUUUAUGAACGACAAGUACAUGGCGUUCACAAUGAAUGGAGAUCCCACGUACAACAAUUCGCUGGUGGAAUAUGAGACCACUCGCAAGGAGACAAUGAUGAAUGAACUCAGCCAAAAAUAUGGCUCAAUGGAGCUUGCUAAAGAGCAGCUCAAGAAAGAAGAGUUAGAGCUACUUAACGUCCAGGAGGCAGCGCAGCAAGCUGAUCUUUCCUGUCUACCCACCCUUACAGUCAGCGAUAUUUCCCGACAAAAGGAGAAGAAGCCACUGAGUGAGUCGAAAAUUGACAACGUUGACGUUGUCUGGCGACAAGCCCCGACGAAUGGCCUUUCAUAUAUUCAAGUAUUGAACGCCCUCAACGACCUUCCUGAUCAUCUCAGGCUAUUGAUUCCUCUAUUCAAUGACUGCAUCAUGCGUCUCGGCACCACCAACAGACGCAUGGAACAAUGGGAGGACCUGAUUAAGCUGAAGACCGGUGGAAUAAUCUCGUCCACCUUUUCUGCAGCCUCUCCUCUGGCUCUGGACAAAUUCUCAGAAGGCAUCCAGUUCUCUGGUUUCGCUCUUGACAAGAACAUCCCCGAUAUGUUUGAAAUCCUGACCACGCUCGUGAACGAGAGCGCAUUUAGCGGGCCCGACGCGCCCAAGAUGAUUGAGGAGCUGCUCAAGUCCAGCUGCAAUGGUGCGUUGGACUCUGUGGCGGCGACGGGACACCGUUUUGCGGUGAACAUGGCUUCCUCCACGCUGUCUCGAAAGUUCUGGGCUGAAGAACAGACCUCCGGCCUUUCUCAAAUCCAGAAAAUGGCCCAAUUACUUCAAGACGCCCAGAAAUCCCCCGAGAAGCUUCAGGAGCUGAUUGGUCAUCUUCAGACAAUCCAGUCGUUUGCUCUUGGGAGAUCGUCGAACCUCCGGAUUCGCGUUGUUUGCGAGCCUGAGAUGCGAGGAGAAAAUGAAGCGAUACUCCAGCGAUGGUUGAACGGUCUCCAUUCGAACAGCAGCCCAAUGCCUGCACCGGGCGCUGCGUUCCCUAAGCCAUCAUCGGACAAAGUGCUCUAUGACCUCCCCUUCCAGGUGUCAUAUUCAGGCUUGGCCAUGGAGACCACCCCGUACGUGAGCACUUCGAGUGCACCGCUCAGUGUCCUUGCCCAGCUUCUGACGCAUAACUACCUUCACCCUGAAAUACGAGAAAAGGGGGGUGCGUACGGUGCGGGUGCCAGCAACGGUCCAGUCAGAGGUAUAUUCACCUUCUCGAGCUACCGCGAUCCGAACCCAAUGAACACACUCAAAGUGUUCAACAACAGCGGCGUGUAUGCCAGAGACCGGGCCUGGGCGCAGCGAGAACUGGACGAGGCCAAGCUGAGCAUCUUCCAGUCGCUCGAUGCCCCCGUCAGCGUUGAGGAGGAAGGCCACCGCUACUUUAUGAGCGGAGUCACGCAUGAGAUGGACCAGAUGUGGCGUGAACAGGUGCUUGAUGUGACUGCGGCAGACGUGAGCGAGGCAGCGCAGAGGUAUCUUGUCGAAGCAUCUCAGCGGUCUUUCUGUCUGCUGGGCCAGAAGAAGGGAGACUGGCCUGAGCUUGAAGGUUGGGAAGUGAAGAAGAUAUCUAUGAGCCCCGGAGAGCCCUCCGCUGCGGCAUGA